CACCAGAUCACCAGAUCACCACUCUUUCUUUCUUACUAGUAUAUGGAUGCAAAAAUAUCCCUGGACUAAAUUUCUUAUCCCUCUUCCCUCGCCAUCAUGGUGAGUCCAACCACCAUCCGAGCUUUUCGGCCGACAUGGCGUGCGCUCCAACAACCGACCAACAGAUCAUCAAGCAUUCUACAACGGAGAGGCUUUCAGGCAUCAACUCGCUGUCUGUAUGCAGAGGAGAAACCUCAGCCCUUCAAGAGUCAGCUGUACGAAAGCACCCAGCAGCGACUGAAGCGUGAACGCGCCGAGCAAGAACGGUAUGCCCAGUAUCAGACCGAUUCGCAGGCCGGUCGGUAUGCGGCUUUGAUGUUCGCAUUGGCCCUCUUCUCCGCCGGAUCAUAUUAUCUAGGUACUCUAAAACCUGCGAGCCUCCCACUCACAUCCACAUCAAAUCUUUUCGAACUCGAACCCCCCCAACAUAAUGUGUCCCCGUCGAACCUGCAGGCCGCUUGGGCUGAUUUUGUCGAGAUUCUGGGAAGGGAGCAUGUCUCGACGGAAAAUGGGGACUUGGUGAUGCAUUCCGGCUCGGAUUGGUCGUCCUACUCCCUCAAGGCAGACGAGAGGCCGUUCCUAGUCCUGUACCCGUCAACCACCGAAGAAGUCUCCCGCAUCAUGAAGGUGUGCCACCAGCGACUCAUUCCGGUCACCCCGUACUCCGGUGGAACGAGCUUAGAGGGUCAUUUCGCUCCGACGCGAGGGGGCGUUUGCAUUGACUUCCGUCGCAUGGAUCAGAUUCUGGAACUCCACAAGGGGGAUCUCGACGUCGUGGUUCAGCCUGCGCUUGGCUGGGAGGAGCUGAACGAACGACUUGCUACCGAUGGUCUCUUUUUCCCUCCGGACCCGGGCCCCGGGGCGAUGAUCGGUGGCAUGGUGGGCACCGGUUGCUCUGGAACCAACGCCUACAGGUACGGGACCAUGCGGGAGUGGGUUCUCUCUCUUACUGUGGUCCUCGCCGACGGUACGAUCAUCAAGACGAGGCAACGCCCACGCAAGUCGAGCGCGGGUUACGAUCUGACCCGUCUCUUCAUCGGCAGCGAGGGUACCCUCGGUCUGGUGACAGAGGCCACCCUGAAGUUAACCGUCAAGCCCAAGAGCCAGAGCGUGGCUGUUGCCAGCUUCGCCAGCAUCCACAACGCAGCCGAGUGCGUGACCCGGGUCGUAGAGGAGGGAAUCCCAGUCGCUGGUGUGGAGAUCCUGGAUGACGUGCAAAUGAAAUGCAUCAACGAGAGCAAGUCCACCUCGCGCCAAUGGAAAGAAGCUCCCACAAUCUUCUUCAAGUUCACCGGCACACCGGUCGGUGUCAAGGAGCAGAUUAGCAUGGUCCAAAAGAUUGCUUCUGCCACGGGCGGCCGUUCCUUUGAAUUCGCUCGUGGCCAUGAAGAGAUGCAGGAGCUGUGGAGUGCCCGCAAACAGGCCCUCUGGAGUGUGAUGGCAAUGCGACGCGGUCCCGAAGACCAUGUAUGGACAACGGAUGUAGCCGUGCCCAUGAGCAGACUGCCCGAUAUCAUCGAAGCUACCAAACAAGAUAUGACCCAGAGCGGGUUACUUGCUGGAAUCUGCGGCCACGUCGGAGAUGGCAACUUCCACGCAAUCAUCCUAUUUAAUGACGCCGAACGAACAACCGCAGAGGGCGUUGUCCACCGCAUGGUCAAGCGCGCGGUUGAAAUGGAAGGAACAGUAACCGGUGAACACGGCGUAGGCCUGAUCAAGCGAGAUUACCUCGAGCAUGAAGUCGGAGUAUCAACAAUCGACACUAUGCGCCGCGCUACGAUAUAUAAGUAA